AUGCAGACCUUCACGCCCGCCGUCUUCGUCGUCGGCCUCCUCGCUCAUCUCUCCCCCGCCACGACCAAUGCCGCCGUCUGCAACUCGACCGAGCUCGCCGAGGCGCUGCAGCCGCUGUACACCAACGCGAACUACUCCGCGUGCUCGUCGGACGUCGGCGUGGCGCUUCCCUUCGCGGCCCCACCGACGACGGCACAGCUCGCUGCGAUGUGCUCCAGCGCCGCCUGCCAGGCGCUGACCCCCGUCGUCGUCGCGCUGGACUUGCCGGACUGCGAGGCCAUCGUCAACGGCGUCGCGUACAACGUGCUGCUGGUGCGCGCCCGCCGCCUGCAGCAGUGCUCGUCCGCGAGUCUCUCGUCGAGCAUCAUCGCGAGCGUGGCCUCCAGCCAGACCGGCGCCUAG